AUGGCUCCUGUGCCCUACAGCAUCAACUCUGACGUGUCCCGCAAGAUCCAAGCAAAGUACUCGAUCGAGUAUGAGCAGCAAGCUCGAGAAUGGAUUGAACAAAUUAUCAAUGAAACAUUGCCAAAUACCGAUUUUCACACUUGCCUUAAAAAUGGUGUGGUGCUUUGCAAGGUCAUUGGCAAGCUGGUGCCUGGAAAAGGAAAAUAUAAAGUAUCCAAGGUGCCAUUUGCACAGAUGGAAAACAUAGCUCAAUUUCUUAGCGGCGCCAAGGAUCUCGGUGUGCCUCCACAUGACCUCUUCCAGACAGUCGACUUGUUUGAAAAGAAAAACAUGACACAGGUGGUGAAUACAAUCUUUGCAGUAUCUCGUUAUGCACAUGAAGCAGGUGCAUGUUCAUCAAUUUUGGGACCCAAGCUUGCCAAGCGACAUGAGGUGUCAUUUAGUGAGGAGACAUUGAAUGCUAGCAAGAGUCUCUUUAACACUUAUCAAUAUGGCUAUACUAAAGGUGCCAAUCAGUCUGGACUAGUUUUUGGAGCAAGACGCGAGAUCACCAGUAUCGCUCAAUAG